UCAUCCGAUACGGCGUCGUUUGAUACGGGAAACAUGCAGUUUAUCAGUUCUUCGCCGCGUGCUUGGCUCGCCCGAACAAGUCUUCCCCUUUUCUAUCCCUUUUCCUUCCUCUCUUGUUUCCCUGUCUCUCGCGCCGAUCAGCAAUGUCUGCAGAAUCAGCUAGUGCGAUUCACAAGAGCCAGGUCGAUCUGUUAGACUUCAUAGACUGGUCUGGGGUAGAAUGCCUCAAUCAGAGCUCUACUAACCCUCUUCCCAAUUCUCUCAAACAGGGUUACAGAGAAGAUGAUGGCUUGCAUCUGGAGAGUGAUGCGGAUGAGCAGCUUUUACUAUAUAUUCCUUUUACACAAGUUGUAAAACUCUAUUCCGUUGUUAUCGGAGGACCUGAAGAGGAAGGCCCUAAGACUGUCAAGUUGUUUUCCAACAGGGAGCACAUGGGAUUUAGUAAUGUCAGUGACUUCCCUCCUAGUGAUGUAGCAGUUUUAUCUCCAGACAACCUUCUGGGGAAACCAGUAAUUCUAAAGUAUGUCAAAUUCCAAAAUGUUCGUAGCUUGACAAUUUUUAUUGAGGACAAUCAACAGGGUUCUGAGAUCACAAAGAUUCAAAAGAUUGUGCUGUAUGGUACAACGGUCGAAACAACAGACAUGAAGGGUUUGAAGAAGAUUGAGGAUCACUGACCAUGACCAGAGAAGAGUAAACUGAUGGAUGAAUCGACUUAGGUCCAUUUCUUGCAUUUCUCCCCCAAGAAAUUUUGAUUGGAAAUGUUUUAUGCUUCUCCAUGCAUGAUAUUUAAUGACUUCCAAGUUGUAUCUGAUUUGACACCUGACCGAUGCACGUUCAUAUGAAUGAUUGUGGUGGUUACUGGUUAAUGUGUGCAGUAAGGGGGAACAUUGAGCUGUUCGAAGAUAUCAUUAUUUUGUUUUUUAAGAACUGUGGGACGUGUUGGGAAACAUAGUUCAGGAAAGCAUUUUCUUGAAUGGUUGAAUUUGAUAAGGACCUAAGCUGCAAAGAUUAGACAGGAAUUUGAUCUGGAUUUUCAAUUUCAGUUAUGAACAUGAGGUUUCGAUUUC